CUUCUCCAGACAGGUUAUGUCACCGACAAAGGCUGCCCUGAAGCUCCCUGCGGCCUGGAGACUAUGUACAAGAGGAAUGGUCUGAUGGCUAGCGUGUUGGUCACCUCUGCCACUCCACAGGGCAGCAGCAGCUCAGACUCUUUGGAGGGCCAGAGCUGCGACUAUGCCAGCAAGAGCUACGAUGCCGUUGUCUUCGAUGUCUUGAAAGUUACUCCCGAGGAGUUUGCUAGCCAGAUCACAUUAAUGGACAUCCCUGUGUUUAAAGCCAUCCAGCCGGAGGAACUAGCCAGCUGUGGAUGGAGCAAGAAGGAGAAACACAGUCUCGCCCCAAAUGUCGUGGCCUUUACCCGGAGGUUUAACCAGGUCAGCUUUUGGGUUGUACGAGAAAUUCUAACGGCCCAGACUUUAAAAAUAAGGGCAGAAAUCCUGAGCCAUUUUGUGAAAAUAGCCAAGAAACUUCUAGAACUCAACAACCUUCAUUCUCUCAUGUCGGUGGUGUCUGCGUUACAAAGCGCACCCAUCUUCAGGCUGACGAAGACCUGGGCUCUUUUGAAUCGAAAAGACAAGACCACUUUUGAGAAAUUGGACUACCUGAUGUCUAAAGAAGAUAAUUACAAGCGGACUCGGGAGUAUAUCCGAAGCCUGAAGAUGGUUCCCAGUAUUCCCUAUCUAGGGAUCUAUCUUCUGGACUUAAUCUACAUUGAUUCUGCAUAUCCUGCCUCAGGCAGCAUCAUGGAAAACGAACAAAGAUCCAAUCAGAUGAACAAUAUUCUCCGAAUAAUCUCUGAUUUACAAGUUUCCUGCAGCUACGAUCACCUCACGACCCUGCCGCACGUGCAGAAGUACCUGAAGUCUGUGCGCUACAUCGAAGAGCUCCAGAAGUUUGUGGAAGACGACAACUACAAACUGUCGCUCAGAAUUGAACCAGGAAGCAGCUCUCCAAGGCUCGUGUCUUCCAAGGAAGAUCUUGCAGGCCCCUCCACUGGCUCCAGUUCUGCGAGGUUCAGCCGGCGCCCCACCUGUCCUGACACAUCUGUUGCUGGCAGCCUCCCGACUCCCCCGGUCCCAAGGCACAGGAAGAGCCACAGCCUGGGCAACAAUAUGAUGUGUCAGUUGAGUGUAGUUGAGAGUAAAAGUGCGACAUUCCCAUCGGAGAAAGCGAGGCACCUGCUGGACGACAGUGUCCUAGAGUCCCGCAGCCCUCGCAGGGGCCUCGCCCUCACCUCCUCCGCCGCCAUCACCAAUGGACUCUCCCUAGGCAGUAGUGAGAGCUCAGAGUUUAGUGAAGAGAUGUCUUCAGGGCUGGAAAGCAGGGGACGUCUCUAUGCCACGCUGGGGCCCAACUGGCGGGUUCCAGUUCGGAAUUCUCCCAGAACCCGGAGCUGCGUCUACAGCCCCACCGGCCCGUGCAUCUGUACGCUGGGAAGCUCGGCCGCAGUGCCCACCAUGGAGGGGCCUUUACGAAGGAAAACUCUGCUCAAGGAAGGACGGAAGCCCGCACUGUCCUCAUGGACCAGGUACUGGGUCAUUCUCUCAGGAUCCACCCUCCUGUACUAUGGAGCCAAGUCCUUGCGGGGCACAGACAGAAAACACUAUAAAUCCACACCUGGCAAGAAGGUCUCCAUUGCGGGCUGGAUGGUACAGCUGCCCGACGACCCUGAGCACCCGGACAUCUUCCAGCUGAAUAACCCAGACAGAGGCAAUGUUUACAAGUUCCAGACUGGUUCCCGGUUUCAUGCGAUACUGUGGCACAAGCAUUUGGACGAUGCAUGUAAAAGCAACAGGCCUCAGGUACCUGCAAACCUUAUGUCAUUUGAAUAAGUCUCUGCAGGACUUGGCGUGACUUCAGAAGCUUCUGGGAGCCCUGCCUGGGACUGGUGGUGAGCGCAGGUCCUGGGCACAGGCCACUGGCCAGGGUGCUGGAGACUCACAGCUGGACUCUAGGGGACGGGGCCUGUGGCCUCACAGUCCAGAGGCCCCACCGGUGCAGGAUCUGCCACCAAUCCCCAGCGACUCUCAUGACACUCAUUCAGCAGCUACACUCCAUGCUCCCUCUCUGGGCCCUCGUCCGUCCGCCAGCUGCUGCUGCGACUAGAGAGCAUUUGGCCCACGUUGGGUCCCCAGUGCUUUCUCCUGCACAAAGGAGUGGACAGUGUUGCCCUGCAUGAGGGGCCAGAGAGCAGGAACAGGUUGUGGAACUGGCUCUACACCCCAAGUGCAUGGGGUUGCUCAGGGCCCCCUCAGAUUUUGUACAAUCCGAAGCGUCCUCUGCGCGUGCGUGCCGUGUACGUGUGCAUGCGAACGAGUGUGAACUCUUCGAGAAACAUGCAUUUUGGCACAAGACUCGUGACAUCCAACACUUCAUUGGCUUUGAGGCCCUGCUUUAACCUUUAGUGACAGCCUUGUCCACCAAGGAAGGUCAGAGUGAGAGCCCAGAUCCCCCGUGUUAAGGGUCCCUCGCAUUCUUUUACUGUAAACAAACGAUGCCUUAAA